CAUGAAUAUUUUUCUUCUGAACCAGGAAGUGUAAGGUAUGUAGGGCCCAGGCUUUUCAUGCAUAAAUAAACACUGACCUUCGUCUCUCCCUCUCAUACACCUACAAAACGUUCUCUUCCUCCGAAACGCAGUGCACGAUCAGUCAGCCGAAGCCAAGAAGCAAUAUCAACGGUAGCAGUGCACAUUCAAGCCUUUGUUUAUAUACACCUCUCCCUCUCUUUCUGCGUGUGUGUCUAUAUAUCCAUCGUGGAAGUAAAAGGGAGUCAUGUGUAAUCCAAAAGCACCCUCAUCAUCAACAUUUCUGUGUCCCACAAAAAACCACAUCAUAACUCCGGAGCCCAAAGAGAUAAAUGACGUCCCUCCCCACGACGAUCAAGCUGAAGACGAACUUGAGAGAUGGCCAACUCCCAAUGAGGUGAUAGAAGAAAUGAAGGCCUUAGGGAAGAUAUCAGGGCCAACAGCGGUGACGGGGUUGCUCCUAUACUCCCGGGCCAUGAUCUCGAUGCUGUUCCUGGGGUACCUCGGGGAGAUGGAGCUGGCGGGAGGGUCCCUCUCGAUAGGGUUCGCGAACAUCACGGGGUACUCGGUGAUAUCGGGCCUGGCCAUGGGAAUGGAGCCCAUCUGCGGGCAGGCCUACGGCGCGAAACAAUUAAAAACUCUGGGCCUAACCCUGCAGAGAACGGUCCUCCUGCUGCUCUCAACCUCCCUCCCCAUCUCCCUCACGUGGCUGAACAUGAAGAGCAUCCUCUUAUGGUGCGGGCAGGACCAGCGAAUCUCCUCCACCGCACAAACCUUUAUACUCUUCUCCAUCCCCGACCUCUUCCUCCUCUCGCUCCUCCACCCUCUCCGCAUCUACCUCAGAACACAAACCAUCACAUUGCCCUUAACCUACUGCUCCGCCCUCUCCCUCCUCCUCCACCUGCCUCUCAACUUCCUCCUCGUCGUUCACUUCAAAAUGGGAGUCUCCGGAGUCGCCAUAGCCAUGGUCUGGACCAACCUCAACCUCUUCCUCUUCCUCUCCUCCUUCGUUUACUUCUCCGGAGUCUACAAAGACUCCUGGGUCCCACCUAGCACCGACUGCGUCAAAGGCUGGGGUUCUCUCCUUGCACUCGCCAUCCCCACCUGCGUCUCCGUUUGUUUAGAAUGGUGGUGGUACGAACUCAUGAUUCUCCUCUGUGGACUUCUCCUCAACCCCAAGGCCACCAUUGCUUCCAUGGGAAUACUCAUUCAAACCACUUCCUUGGUUUAUGUUUUUCCUUCUUCCCUCAGCCUCGCUGUCUCCACCAGAGUCGGUAACGAGCUCGGCGCUAACCGCCCCGCCAAGGCUCGCAUUUCCAUGAUAGUCUCGCUCGCCUGCGCCCUCGCCCUGGGUGUCUCCGCCAUGAUAUUCACCACCUUGAUGAGACACCGCUGGGGGAGAUUCUUCACCUCCGACGAGGAGAUUCUCGCCCUCACAGCCGUCGCUUUGCCCAUUGUGGGCCUGUGCGAGCUCGGGAACUGCCCGCAGACCACGGGCUGCGGCGUGCUACGUGGCAGCGCCAGGCCCACUGUUGGCGCCAACAUUAACUUGGGCUCGUUUUACCUCGUCGGCAUGCCUGUGGCGGUUCUUCUUGGGUUCGUGGCGAAAAUGGGCUUUCCUGGGCUGUGGCUUGGGUUGCUUGCGGCCCAAGGCUCCUGCGCGGGUCUCAUGCUAUUCGUUCUCUGCAGCACCGACUGGAAGGCGCAAGUGCGAAGGGCCAAUGAGCUGACCAAGACUGGGAAAUUGUUGCCUACCACGGACUCUAACAAUAACAUUAACAUUAAUGUUUGUCUUCCGGAGAUUGUUGUCGCGGAUGAUGAGGCUACCAUUACCACCAAGACACCUCUUGAAACAGACCCUCUCAUCACACACACUCUAAAUUAAUCAUUUAAGCAAUUAAUUAGUUGAUUAACCCGCUUUCAUUCCUUGGGGAGAGUCGAAAUGUGACUUUAGAUGUACUCUCGAGUGUGCAAAGAAGAAUUACAUUUUCUUUUCCCCUUGCUUGUCCCACAUCGGUUAUCAUCUUCUUCUCCUUCUUCUCUUUUUCUAGGUAGUCGCGUUAGUAAUAAAAGCUCCUUUGAACUAAGGUUUAUGUAAAGCGUUAAUAGGAUAUCCAUAUUUAUAUUUUAAUGGAUUGAGGGUUUUUAAAUUAUAAAUGUUAAUAAUAGCUAGCUACUUAGGU